AUGGAAGAACUUUUGAUUGCAACCACAAAUUUUCUACGUUCUUCAGCAGAAAUUGAUUUUCCAUCUGGAAGAACAUUAUUGGAUGAAUUAUUUGAGUCUUCUAGUUUUUUGUCAGGAAUGUUAGAAUCUUUUGAAGAAGUUUUUCCUCAGGAUGAAACUUUUUAUUCAGUUUCAACUUUGAAAUAUCUUGAAGAUUGGUUAGAGCUGUUUUCAAUUCUUCGGAAAGGUCAUCAAAUUCAUCAAGAAAUUUUACAAGAAGAUAACUUAAUUAGAAUAGUAGAAAUUCUACGAAGAAUUUUAAUAAGUUUUACUGAUCCAUGGAAUCUUUAUCCUUUAGAUGAAAUCAAAGCUUCUUGUAUUCAUAGAUGUGCAGAAAUGAUUCUUGAUUUUCGAUGGAAAGGAUUUUUAAGAGCAGAUUCUACUAUUGAUAUAGAUGCAACGAUUUUAAAUAUUAUAGUUAGCAUUCAUACAGCAAUGAAAGAAGAAGAGGAAGAUUCCAAAGAAACAAUGGCAGAAUUAUUGAAAUAUCUUGAAGGAUAUUGGAUUGAAGUAUCAAAAAUUUCAUCAACAAAUGAAAUUAUAAAAAUUUUAAAAAUAAAUGAAAAAACUGUUAUUGACCAUACAAUUAAUUUGUUAAAAUCAAAAAUUUCUGAAGAAAAAAUUAAUGAUGUAAUCAAUAAGUUGUCAUAUGAAUAAAAUAAAAUUUUAGAUUUUAUGUAUAAAGAUACUUUAAAAAUGUUUGUUACAAAAAAUUAAUUAUAAUUGUUAUAAAAAAUUUCCAACUUAUACAAUUUGUACAUAUUCUCAACAUGUUUAUAUGAACAUUUUAUGUUUUUUGAA